AUGAUGAAUAACGUGACAAGUUUGUACUGUGAUUUAAACAGUUUUUCGAAAAAAUAUGAAGAUAUUCAUGGACCGUUGAGUUUUGUAGUUUGCGUUUUUGGCUCGAUAGCCAAUGUUUUAAAUAUUUGUGUCCUUACCACUAAAGACAUGCGUUGGCCCACAAACUUAAUCCUAACCGGACUUGCUAUUGCAGAUUUAUUGGUGAUGUUAGAAUACAUACCUUUUACUAUUCAUAGAUACAUAAAUGUUGAAGUGACCUACUUAAUAUGCCCUCUAAUUUGUACACCGUUAUUUAUAUCACUGAAAAUAGUCACCUAUAAUCAAACUUGCGACAAAUUUGGUAGGAUUCUUGAUAAAAAAGAUUUGCUGAAUUAUACGGAAGUUAGUACAAAGAGACAAAUUUAUAUCAUAGACUAUGUCAGUGAGGACUACAAAUAUAUGAGCUUCUGGAUAUACGGUGUCGUAAUAAAACUCGUUCCUUGUAUUCUAUUGACGCACUUAUCCAGAAAAUUAAUAGUGGUCUUGUUGGAGACGAAAAGGCGGCGAAAAACUUUAUUGAGUUCAAGUAUUCCGAUGGAGGAGUCAUACGAUGUCCGACCUUUCCUGCAAAAGAAAUUUGAAAAGUAUCGACAGGCAGAUAGAACUUCAGGCAUGCUGGUCGCCAUCCUACUCCUAUUUCUUAUAACUGAAUUUCCACAAGCUAUUAUGGGACUUUUGAUGGCUACAAAGGGGCAACAAUUUGAGAAAGAAUGUUACAGACCUUUGGGUGAUAUUAUGGACAUAUUGGCUCUAACCAACUCAGGGAUCAACUUCAUUUUGUACUGCACCAUGUCCAGGCAAUUUAGAAUCACUUUCAAGGAGAUAUUUUUGAUACCUAUAAUAAACCAGUUCGCUCCUGAUUCUCAUUAUUGUACCAUUGAUAAAAGCGGAGAGAAGACUCAGAUAUCAGCAGUGUAGAUAAAAGAGAUUAAAUUAUAAGCAUAACGGUUGUGAUUUAGGAUACGAAUUUUUUAAAGGUAAGAAAACUCACUGCAACUUUUUAGAAGGUACCUACCUAUAAUAAAUUUCUAAUUCGUACUUAAACAUUUUCAAUUAGGUUUUAGUAUGUCAUAUAGUAACAAGGCAAUUUCAAGAAACUUUAAGGAUGCACUCACAACCGAAACAACCCUAAAAUCCGUAAUACCUCAUUUUUACUCGGGAAUAUAAUUGAAUUAAAUGCCGAUAAAAUGGC